GUGCACGCUGCGCCUUCUCCCUCACGUUCCGAGCGCCGCGUCCCCUCCCAACCAGGAGCGCGCCUCCCGCCCUUGCGCGGGUCCCUGUCGGUCUCUCAGAGGCGCACACUCCCCUGAGCCUCUGCCACGGCUGUCGCUUCGGCCGCGGCUCUCUAGCCUUGCGGUUCAGCCUCGGCCCCUCAGCGCGGUCUGGGUCCUCAUCCCCUCCCCUCCGCCACUCCCCUUCCCUUUCCCGCCUUUCCUUCCCACCUGGUCCACCAAAAGAGCCUGGAUACGGAGCAGGCGGGCUUGAGAAGGGGGUUAGAAAAAUGGAGGUGCCGCGCCUGGAUCAUGCCCUCAACAGCCCCACCAGCCCCUGUGAGGAGGUGAUCAAAAACCUCAGCCUGGAGGCCAUUCAGCUGUGCGACCGGGACGGGAACAAAUCACAAGACAGUGGCAUAGCUGAAAUGGAAGAACUUCCCGUACCACGUAACAUCAAAAUAAGCAACAUUACAUGUGACUCAUUCAAGAUUUCAUGGGAAAUGGAUUCAAAAUCAAAGGACCGUAUUACACACUAUUUUAUUGACCUCAACAAGAAAGAGAACAAGAACUCCAAUAAAUUUAAACACAAGGAUGUUCCAACAAAAUUAGUGGCAAAAGCCGUUCCCUUGCCAAUGACUGUCCGUGGGCACUGGUUUCUGAGCCCAAGAACUGAGUAUACAGUAGCAGUGCAGACAGCCUCAAAACAAGUUGAUGGUGAUUAUGUUGUGUCUGAAUGGAGUGAAAUUGUAGAAUUCUGCACAGCAGACUAUUCAAAAGUUCACCUAACACAACUGUUGGAGAAGGCAGAAGUGAUUGCAGGACGGAUGCUAAAAUUUUCUGUUUUUUAUCGUAACCAGCACAAAGAAUAUUUUGACUAUAUUCGAGAACAUCAUGGUAAUGCUAUGCAGCCUUCUGUCAAGGAUAACAGUGGUAGCCAUGGCUCUCCUAUUAGUGGAAAAUUAGAAGGCAUCUUCUUCAGCUGCAGCACUGAAUUCAAUACUGGGAAGCCACCACAGGAUUCACCUUAUGGAAGAUACAGGUUUGAGAUUGCAGCAGAGAAACUUUUUAACCCCAAUACUAACUUAUACUUUGGGGAUUUCUACUGUAUGUACACUGCUUAUCAUUAUGUGAUUCUUGUUAUUGCCCCUGUGGGAUCACCAGGAGAUGAAUUUUGUAAGCAGCGUCUUCCUCAGCUAAAUUCCAAGGAUAAUAAAUUUUUGACCUGCACAGAAGAAGAUGGGGUGCUGGUUUACCACCAUGCCCAGGAUGUCAUUUUAGAAGUCAUUUACACUGACCCCGUGGAUCUUUCUCUGGGCACCGUGGCAGAAAUCACUGGUCAUCAGCUCAUGAGUUUGUCUACGGCAAAUGCAAAGAAAGAUCCCAGCUGCAAAACCUGUAAUAUCAGUGUUGGACGUUAAUGCCCCCCUUUUCUUACUUUUAUUCAGCCCCUGUCCUUCUCUUAGGAGAAUCGAUCAUCUGUUGUUCAUUUUCAUCACCAGAUGUUUUCCACUAAAGCAUGCUCAUGUCGCUGGCACCAAAAGCAAACUGCCACUUUUCAAAUUUCAUUCAGAGUUGUUUUAGUGUUUCCUAUUCCCUACCUUUCCCACUACUUUCUAUGAUGAAAUAUCCUGUUCUCCUGACACUUUAUUGCCUAGAUGCUGCAAUGUUUUUAUUUGUUCUUUAUGCCAAACAUAACAAAAACAAUUAUAUAAACCGCUUUAGCAAAAUACAAAAUAACAGCUUAUAAGUGGUGUUUAAAUAUGCAUUCAUUUUAAUCUACUGAACAAAUAUUGGGAUAACGCCAAACCGCAUGAAGGGUGUAAUUGCAGCAUGAGUUAAAUCUUGAAGCCUAGAAUUGUCAGCACUUCCAACUUGUUGUUUGACAGUGUUAUUUAUGUUAUUUAUAUUAGCUAACAGAAAACAACUACUGUGUUUCAACAUAAUAAAUAUAAUAGAAAAAUAUUUUAUUUGUAUUGUAUAAAAUAUUUACAAUCAGAAUAUAUAGUUACAUUUUAAUAGCAAUUGUGUACAUGUCAUGAAACCAUUUCCCUUAUCAAAGAUGUAGUUUGUAAACCUCAAAUAGUUGUGUAUCUGUCCUGUUACAAGUAGGUGACUUCAAUUAAACAAAUUUAUGAAGGACAUUAUUCUGAUUCUUAAAAGUUACAAAAUAUCAGGUAAAUACAGCAAAAACAAUAAGCCUCUGAAAUACUCAAUAUUCUUCCCAUCCAGGCUAUAUGAAAAUGUGAAUUUGCUCAACAUCAUGCUUAAAUAUUACAGAAAAUAGAACUACAAACAUGGCUGGUACAAGAGAGAAAAUGUCGACCUUAUUUUUACAAAAACAAAAAUAAUAAAUGUGUUUUAGUACAAAAUAACACAAAACAACAUACACUAAAGUUGAUGAAGCAAAUAAAAUAUUCUGGCUUUUUUUCCAAGGUGUCAUAGCAAACAAUUCUCAAAUCUUUCAUUUUAUACAGAAUGAAGAAUUACUAUAGCUCAUGAGAGAUCUCUUUAACUUUACAAAGUAUAGACCUUGGAACAUUAAGAAAAAUGCAUAUUCCCAAUGGAAAAAUAGUUAUAUAAUCUUAGUUAUAGUAAACGAAAUGAUUAGCAAUCAUAACUAUGAUCACAUUAGCUAUAUACUGCAGACACUUAUCUAUCCAAAAUACCUAUUUUCAAAUUUCAGUACAAUAUUUUAUUUUAAUAUAAACAUCUGUCAAUCAUAGACAAAGAUAAUUCACAAAGUACAUGCUAUCAGAAUGAACUUUGGUAAUCAGAAAUGUAAAAUUUCAAUUAACAUAAAAUAAUGUGCUAUUUUUAUAUAGAAAUAAAAAAUUAGCAGUGACACAUUUCAGUAUAUUUUAGGGUACUGAAUGCCUAGCAGACAUAGGGGACAAGGUAGUAGAUCUUUUUAACACUUAAAAAUCUAUUAGAAGUUUCAAAUAAGUUACAUUCUUACUAUCUGUAUUCCUUCCUACCUAAAAAGCAGAGUUUCUUUUCCUCCUCAUUGAUUUUUAAAAAUCAUGCUUUUUCCCAUAAAUCAGCAUAAGCAAUCUUUGGACACUAGACUUUCUCUAACAAGUGGCUCAUUGAACAAGUGGAUGCCAUGUAUUAUUUAGAAUUGAUAAAAUAUUAGGUGUUUUCUGAAAUAUACUGACUGAGUUUUCUCCUUGGCAUAGAGUACGUUGAAUUUUAUUUUUCUAAUUAUACUGUUACAUAUUAUAUUUCCCCCCAUUUAAAUCUCUUCAUCAUUUAUAAUUACACUUGCCAUCCCUUCUUAAAAAUAGCUAAUACUACCACUAAAGUGCUUCAGUUUCCAGUAUGUCAAAACUACUUACUCAGCAAGAAUAGCAGAGGAAAAUAAACUUUAUCUUGGAUGAAAGUUAUCACAAACAUUUCUUGAACUUCAAAUUGUUUUGGCCACAUCUUGCUUGCUGAUUAGGACCUCUAGUAGUCUCAAUUUGGCUUUUAUGUGCUUGUAUUCAUAGUACUCAUCUGCCAUGGGUAUCCUAUCUUCCUUUUGUGGACUUCUGCAAAACAGAAAAUACCAUCUGUUCACACUGAAUCAUUAAAAAUCCUUUCAUAAUUCUUGAGAAUCUGUGGGGUAGCACUUUCCACUUGAUUUUUGCAUCAUGUCUUUUUUACCUUCCCUUUUACCUUCAUUCACUCCCUCUUCUAUGUGUUAUUACAUUUCUGUAUAACAGUACUCUUUGAGAACUUGAAUGUCAUAGGUGUUUUGCCAAUAUAUAGUCCAGUACAACAAUAGGGCAAGUGAAAAAAGGUCUGAGAAAAAAAACACCAGAAACUUCAAGGCAUUCCUUGUCUAGUCUUUGUCCCAUUAUCCAUGCCAUAGGUCCAUGCCUGUACAGAAUAUUCUACCUUUAUAGCGAUAGUUGGUAAAAAAAAUACCAAGUAAAAAUACUGCAUAAGUCAUGCUAAAAAUAAUGUAUAAGUUUACAAUAAUAGAAGGAAAAAAGCUCAAUGGCUACCUUACAAACAUGAAAUAUUUCCAAGUUUUCUUCACUGAGAAGUUCUUUAAGUAAUUUAUGAGUCUAAUUUCAGCAGUUCUCUUGGCACACUGGUUCGAAGAAGACAUAUGGCAAUGCAUAGAUGUUUAGACAUAGCAUUCUAACUACUACAUGUUCUUGCCAUUUACCUUGAAUAACAAUUGGGUAAUAUCUCUCGUCAAAACCAUUUGCCUUCCUACAAAAAUAUGUUGCCAGGACAUGUUCCCUAAAGGGCAGUAAUUGCUUCAGGAUUUCAGAAGGCUCUUAUCUCCUUGAUUGAUAAGACGGCCAAUUGCUUUUAAGACAUUUCCACCCAUGACUUUGAAAUAAAGGGGUAGAAAACAUAGAUGAAGCACUGCAAUUGCUACUAAAUAUAAAAAUACUCUUCAAUAUUAGAAUGGCUGAUAAUGGGUAAACAGCAAACAUUUAAUGUUUUAUCUAUACACCCUUCUAUUUUCCCAGUACAGAUAAAGACAUAGCUCUUACAAAUAAAAAAACUAAUCCCUAAAAAUGUAGUUAUCUAGUUGUGUUGUGCCACUGUACACUGCCCUGCAAUAUUUAGUGCAGAACUCAGUAUUCAAAAUCUAUAGACAGGGUUCCUCUUAAAUGUCUGAAUUAUAUAACAAUUCCUUUGCCUCCAUUCUGUAUUAUGGGCAAAAAUUAUCAUAUAUGGUGUCUAAAUAUCACCUUAAUUUGUGUAAAUAUUCUAACUGAAGAAAUGAUCUAAUUUAUAGGAAAACAUGAAUUGAAUAAUCUUAUGUAACUUUUCCCUGGUCCUGCAUUAUUCUCCAUUUUGGCUAAUAAACAAGAAUAUAUUGGCCAGAACGAAAAGCUUUGCUAGUAUUUCCUGAAGCAGUUUUGCCAUUAUAGAAAACAUGCUUAAAGCGUUUAUUAACAUAGUUCCCAAGUCAUAAUUGUUAAUGUCAAAUCUAUAUGAUUAUGCCUCUUGCAUGGUAAAUAUUAAAGCACAUUUAUAGUACCUUAAAAUUCCCAGUAAUCUAUUUGCAUGAUUAUUUUACUUUAUGGAUAGUUAGGCCUUCCCAAUAAAAUGUCUUAUGAAAACAAGAUUAAGAUCCAUAUUUUGUAUUCAUUCAACUAAAUGGUUUUAUUUGUAUUAUAUCAUCACUUUUGCAUUUAGUUUAAGUAUAUUACCACAAGAGGGCAAACAACCUCAGUCAAACAGAGACUUGUCUGAAGUUGGUUCAGGACUCACAGGGGCAGUGGAAUGCUAUAUGUAGAACAUAACUUUCUGUAUGUCAGAAGAAAUGCCAAAUACCACUGCACAUCUAUUAGGCAGGACUACUAGUAUAUUGAGAAGUUCUCAAACUCUUUAAAAUAGACUCCUGGGUUCAAAUAGGUAAAAAUGUAAAUUUAAAAGUUGUAUGGAAGGAAACAAUGGAAAUAGAAACAAAAAAAAGAAAUUAUGUUUUAUAUUCUAAGUUUAAUAGCCACAUAACAUACUAGAUUAGUUAACACCAGCAUUAAAAGUAACUUGGACUUGUAGCAGUCAACUGGUAAGGAAGAUUCCAACCAGGAAACUAGGUUGGCUACAUCUUUAUUUGCUGAAUACAAAAUGUUUCUGACUCAGUAGUUCCAGUUUUAGAGAGCAUCCCUGAAGGACUGAAGUGGGAACACUAAAGCUAAGAGGUAAGUAGACCCAAGGUUUCAAAUGCUUUAGAAAACUGUCUCUCUCCAUCAGGGCAUUCUCUUUCUGCUUCAAUGAAAGCAGUCCAGGAAGGGCAGAUGCAUAAAUGGAGGGGAAUACCGAGGAGCCUGUGCAUCUGUGACUCCCACCUCUGCCACCUUAUUAACUUUGUGAUUUGGGGAAAAUUAUAAGCUUUAUUAUUAUUUUUUAAGACUGAUACACAUAUGACAGCUAUAGUUUCCCAAAGUAUUCCAGGAAAUCCAGUCAUUUUUUCAGGAUAUCUAAUUGGUUUGUCACUAUCUCUUCCAGGAGUAGACCAAUAACCUGUACAUAUAAUUUUGUUGACAAUGCACCAAAAUUUAGAGGAAACUAAUGCAGUUCAUAAUGAAGACACUUUGGGCAUACUGGGUUGACAUACAAACGAGAGGACAAAUAGAGAAUAUAGCUACACAUUUAUUGCAGGGAUAGAAAUAAUAACUAUGAACUUGUGACUAAAUCCUGAAAAAGUUAAUUAAGGAGACAUACUAAAAUUUAAAGGAUAUAUUUAAAAUAAAGAAAAUUAUUUAAUAAGAUGGAGAAUGAUGUGGAACUAAGUAACCAAGAAUAAAGAAAUUAUGUGGGCUGAAAAAUAAGGUUUUUUAAAGGUUUAGAUAAAUUCAAUAGUUAAUUAAGGUUGGGAUUUUUGAAGUUCAUCUUUUAUUUUUUAAACUUUGAUGUCAUAUUUGGUAGCCACAGCCUUCCAUAAACAUACCUAAUCCUAAUAAUAGCAUUAUCAGAAAGUUGCAUUAGAUGAAUCCUGGGGUCUACAUCACUGUGACAAUUGUUUAUAUAUCGUAUCAAGUCACUGUUCCUCAAAAAUUCUAGCUCAUUCUUAAAAAUAAUUCCCUAGAAAAUAUUAACCUAAAUAUUCCUCUGCGCACACUUACCUUCCUGUUUGUUUAAAAAAUUGUUCUUCAAAUUCUCUUAAGGCUUUCCGAAGUCUCUUCUUGUCAGCCCUAGUUUCUCGGAGAUGGUCAAGAAGUACAGGCCUAUAUCAGGUAAAGUACAUAUUUGCCAUAAUUGAGCUCUGGCAUAAUUGAGAGAUCAUCAUAAAUAGACUUACCUAUUAGGAAAAGCAUAUUGUGAUACAGAAGUGUUUUGCCUAAAAGGGUGUCUUUGGAUCAGUAGGGCACGUGUAGAGCCAUGUCAUAGCGGUACACAUAAGCAGAGCAAAUGACGUGACAAAAACAAUGUCAUAGGAAAGGAGAGAGAACAAGGACAGACAGGAGGCAAGCAGACUGAGUCCAUUAAAAAAGUGAUGAAGGUAAAGCCCAUAAGAAUGAAUAAGGGAGAAACAGGUAUUUUGAAGGAAUAUUCAUCAGUAUUUGGUUGGAGACUGAAGAGGAAAAGAUUCUAAAGAAAAUUCUAUCCUUAAUCAAGUAUGGGGAGAAUGGUAAAAUCAUUGGGAAUAAAAUGAAGACCCAAUAGAAAGCUACACUGUGAAUUCUGCCCACUUCAUUCUACUAUGACAAGAGAGGAAAGUCAUGAGCAGGAAAUUUUAUCUGGGGAACUUGCGUGGGGUUUUAGAAACUCUGAAAUCCCUGAAAUUAUAUAUGGCAUUUUCUUAAAAAAAAAAAAAAAAAAGAUUCUAUUGCUUUCAAAAUAAAAUCUAGCACCCAAAAUAAGUUAAGGACAGCUGCUUUAGAACAACUAACCAACUAGCCAAUAAAUAAAAGAAAAAGGAAAGGAGGGAGGAAGGAAAACUGAUUUUCUGCUUCCAAACAGGUCACUCAUCUGUGAACUGAAAUUGACAUAACCAACUGAUUGACAUACCAACUGAUUCUGUAAGCACACUAAAAUCUCAACUUAAAAUUUAGUCCAUGAUCUCACCUCAUAUUUGUAGGGAUUCCAUCCCUAUCUUGGGGCAUAUACUUACACACUAUUCAUACAUGUUAAAGAAAAUCUCAUAAUCUGGCCUAUCAUAUACAAACCAAAGGAAGGCCAAAUGAUCAAGAGAAAUGCCAGCUAAUGAACAAUGAUAAUGAUAACUCUAAUGAAAACCAAAUAGCUCCUGACUGAGGAGCCAUUAGGAGACAAUGGGAGGCUCCUUUACUUACAGCCAAGGGGAUUGUCAAUCUGGAUAAACCAUUUUAUCUAAAUGGAACAGACUAUGAUAAAGGCUCUGACAACUACUGACUCACACAGUAUCUCAAUUCCUUUUUGAUCAAGCACUUUCAAAGGCCCACAGCCAGACUGAUGCCAGGCCCUGGUGAAAGAUAUGUAACUGUAGCAAACUGAAUAGAAGCAUUUAUGGCAUCUUUAGGACCUCACAGGGAGCCUUGGUUCCUCGUGGCAUUGUCUUCUCUAUUGUCCAGUUAAGAAGCAACCAGAUUAUGCUUUUAAAGCUACUACUCUCUGGCCGAUAGCAUUUUUUAAAGGGUCUAAUAGCGCUUCUGAAUUUUCUACAUACAUAUAAGUUACCAUAGACCAUUAAAAGGUGGUUCCACACUUAGGAUUCAUACUCACAUGGUGGCCUCAUGUAAAUUGGACAUGGAGAGGGCUGGUGGUUUGAUUUCUUUCUUCUCUUCCAGUAGCAGGACCCUUACAGGCUCAGUCUCAUUAGAGUAGGUGAGGUGAUCGCCACCAGGAAUGUGAGAUGCUGGAUUUGGUAAAGAAGGCUGUUGGCUUCCCUGUGGACAGUCUUCGUCAGUGUCUUCUUCCUCCUGCUUAUUGUAUACAGAGUUAAAUAAAGUUACAAAAUGCUAAGUGCCUCUUGAGGAAGCAAAAAUAGGAAGAGGAACCAUAAAUACAUACCAUGAAAAUAGUAGGUGACCUCUAUGCCUACUGAGAACCAAAAAGGAUACAACCAAGAGGAAUUCUUCCUCAGUUGCAUUUAAAAAAAUCAAAACAAAAAAAACCCUUA